AUGGAUCCGACAUCACUCGGAUUUGUGGCAGUAAUUGCUGUUUUGAUUACUGUAAUUUCGAUCAUUGUCUUUAAGAUGUACCCGAAUGAAACUGAUUUUGAAAAGGCUUAUGGUGAAAAUGCUUUACGAUUGCUCACUGAGGAUCGUGCGAAUAAGACAAAAAACGCAAAGAAGAACAAAGGGAAGAAUGGUGAAAAGAAAAAAGAUUUCGGGGCAGAAGAAAAGCAAAAUCGGGGUGAAAAACCUACAAAUGGUAAUUUACUUUAUGUUCGAUCAUCGACGAAUGGAGCCAAAGAAAUGAAUGGUACAGAUGGUGAUGAAGCUGAUGCGACGCCUAAUCGUAAAAAACCUAAGAGCAAACAGUUGAUGGAUGAGUCAGCGAAGGAUGAAAAAGUUUCCGUUGCCAAGAGUAUGGGAGAUUUAUCAGGGCAGCAGAAUAUAGCCGAGAAGAUAAAUGAGCUGGUAUCUACUGCAAACGUUCUUCAUGAUGAAAAUAAGCGCACUGAUAUUGGCGAACGAAAAGCGAAGAAAAAGAAUCGUGCACGACGGAAUGGAGAACAUUUGCGUCAAAUCGUAAAGGCGGAAGUCAAAAUGGCAGAAGAAAUUGUUCCAGCUGUGGAAGUCUUACCUCUCGAAAGUGAAGAGAAAAACCUGCAAAAGAAAGGGAACCCAUUAAAAGAUAUCAACGCUAACAAAUUUCAAACACGUUUGAAUGCUAUUGCAGAGCUUGAGCCAGAAUAUGUCACGUUCUUCACAAACUAUAUCAACAACGUGAAUACGCAGAGAGCCAAAUUAAAUGAUGAAAUAGCUUUAAUGAGAAAACAAGUCGCCGAUAAAGAUCGCCUCGUCUUGCAAUGUACCAAUAAACUUACCGCAGCCGAACAAAAGGAUUCAGAAAUUGCUAUGCUCCAGAAAACGUUAACCGAGGAAAAGAGAAAGUACAAAUUGUUUGAGCAAACAGUGUGCACUCAAUUAAGUAAUAAUACACAAGAGAAGUCGUACUUACAGCGAAAAUAUGAUCAGUUGCAAAGAGAAUUUGCUGCAUUGAGGGAAGAGAUGAAAAAGGCACAAUCUCUUAUCCACUCGACGCCACCACCCGUUGAUACCAAACCAUAUCAGCAGCAAAUUGAUCGAUUAAAAGCUGAGCUAAACUCUAGUAAAAAUCGUUGUUCUCAGCAGGAAUUGGAGUUAAAUCAACGAUUACAAGCAAUGCAACAAAUAAGGAAGGAAUUACAGAAUCAAGAUUGCCAAAUCGAACAUUUGAGCAAAACGAACGCUUUACUCGAGAAACGUUUGCAAGAUGUAGAAGGCAAUACAAAGGCAGAACAUAAUACGCUUGAAAUGAAACUGCAAAAUACGAUGAAAGUGGCAGAGGAAUUAAGUGCAGUGACUUCCGAGAUUCGAGACGAAAUGCUGCAGCAUAAAGGAAAUGCAGAAAUAGCAGUUCAGGAACGAGAAAAGGUGGAUUUUAUAAUCCUUCCUCUUGCGAUGAGUGGCGAAGUUGGGGUACCCCCAGUAUUACGAAAGGUUUUGGUAAAAAUAGAAGCAUCGUUAUCAAAUGAUAAUUUGAAGGAAUAUUUACUAACAUUUUCUUCACAUUUCCAGCACUGUGAACAAAUUCAUAUUUUAAAUGCGCAACUUAUGGAUGCUAAUCGAGAACGCAUUAGGUAUUUGAAUGAUUGUGCUAUUUACAGCAAAAAAUUAACCGAAAUGGAAACUGCAAACGCAGAGUUAAACAAUCAACUAGAAGCACUGCAAAAAGCAAAUGCAACUAGUGAUGCAAACUGCAAUGAAUUAACGAAAGAAGUUGAAAAAUAUCGAAAACAGCUUAUUGAUGUUAUGGAAGCUCAAUAUAAGGAAAUUGCCAAACUAAAGAAUGAAAUGGAAUGUAUCCAAAAAGAGAAGGAAAAGUAUGUUAAACAGAUGUCUGUCGAAAUUUCUAAAGAAGCAAUUGAAGUUGCAAAGUGCCGUGAAGAGUUGAACAAAUUUAAAAGCGAGUACAAUGAAAAAUUAAAUCGUAUGGUCUCUUUGGAAGAGGAAAUCGCGAAAUACAAGAAAAUUGAAAUGGAAAGAGAAACAGUGGUGUCUUAUGAUGAUACGGGCGCACAUGAGAAAAUGAUGAUGCAUGGAGUCCAGUCAUCAUCAAAAAGUGAUGCUGUAAUUUAUGGCGACAAUGUUAAAUUGGAGAUCAACGAAUUGAAAAAGCGGAACGAGGAGUUACGUGCGGCAAAUUAUAAGGUUGUAGAAAUUUCGCAGCAGCAAGAAGUCAUUUUCAAGAAGCACGUGGAAGAAUUGGAGAAAGAUCAUGAGAAAGCUCGUCAGCAAUAUUGUUGUAAUGUAUCCAAGGCGCUCUGUGCAAUCGCACCGUCGAAUACGAAGUUGCCAAAUUUACCUGUUAUUUAUAACAUGGAUCAGUUCUACAAAUGGUUGAAGGAUGUAGAAAAUGUGGUACAAAAGAGCAGGAAUAUAGAGAAGUUCAAUGAAAAUGAAAACGAUGGCAGCGAAAAUAAGAUCAAUUUGGCGAAAGUUGCAGAGCUAAAGGCAAGUAAUCGAAGGUAUCGAGCAGCGCUUGCAAGUCUUUCUUCACACAUUGAUGCAAUCGAACAAGAAGCCAUUUCAAUGGAAAAAGUAUAUCUUGGCGAAAUCUCUCGCUUACGACAUGAUAUAAACGAGCAACUCAAAAUGCAAUUAGAAAAUGAACGUAAACGAAAGUUGGAGCUUAUUUCUGAAGCAUCUAAACUUUUUGAAGUAAUAAAUGGAGCGCAGAGACAUGACAAUGGAAGAGCCGAACUACGUAUGAAAAAUAGAAGUGCAUAUGAUCUUGGCGGUGAUAAUUAUGGUUAG